AUGUCCAUGACAAAAGCUCCACCCAAGACAGGCAAAGACCGCAAAUGCCGAAGAUCGCACAAGAACUCUCGCGAUGGGUGUCCCAACUGCCGCGCUAAGAGGAUAAAAUGCACCGAGGAGAUUCCAUCUUGCAGCAACUGCGUCAAGAAGGAGUUGCGCUGCGGCUAUUUGGACUUCUCGCCCGAGCGUUUGGAACACAUUCGCCGCAAGAACGAAAACAAGCGCCUCCAGGACGAAAACAAGCGCCUCCAGGACGCCAGCGACCUGUCUGUCGAGCCGGCGCCCGAGUUUGCCGCUGUUUCGCGCGACCAGCCGUCGUACGAGCCUCUGCCGUUGAAACAGGAACACGGUCCGUUCGUGAAACAGGAACACGGUCCAUUCGUGAAGCAGGAACACGUUCCGUUCGUGAAGCAGGAACACGUCAGUCCGCUGGAAAAAAUGGACGACAUUGUCCAAACACCAGGCACCAUUCUACCGGACAGACGCACGUCGGUCACGUACCGAAAGAAGGACGGGCUCUCUGUUCUGCGAACAGCGUCCUACACCCAAAUGAAAGACAUGCGGUCGAUUUUCUACUCGAGCACCUUCAUCAGCCCGGCCAUGAGCACCAACUUACCCAUGGCGCUCCCGAACAUGGAGUUGGACAAGCCAGAGUUGCAUUUCUCGUCCGCCGAGCUGGUGGCCGUGCACCCGACCGUUUACAUCCCGAAAAGCUUCUCGCCCAGCGACUCGGCGUAUCCGCCCGUCGGCGGCGGCUUCACACAGUCGGUCUCGUCGACCAACACCCCCAACUCCUUCCGCACGUCGAGCCUCGUCUCGAACGACACCAACCCGUCGCCCGUCUCGCAGGGCCCGGCCAAAAAACCGGCAGCAAAGCCGCUCGGGCGCCCGCUUGCCCAUGCGUCGAUGCACCGCACAGUAUUCAAGGCCAUGCCGCUCCCGCAGGAGCUCCGCAACGUGAUGCUCGAGCGAAUCGUCGAGCGGCACCGGAAAGGCACGUUCGACCUCAAGAACAUCACCAACGAGGCGUGGGUGCUCAUGCCCCGGCCCGUGUGGACGGAAGAGGAUGCCCAUGUGUUCUGGCUUGCGAUUUUCCACCAGCUGACGUUUCUCAACAUCUACUUCUUGUACUUUAUGGACAAGGCCGUCAACAUUCUCUUGCGGGCGUCGGCGGCCGUGGUCAACGGCGACAUUGAGAUCACGGCGCUGCCGCUGCUGCGGCUGCUGCACUCGUCGCCGCUGCUGCCGUCGGCAAGACUGCACCCGUCGUCGUUCUUCUACAAUCCGGAGGACUUGGAGAUGCUCACGCAGAAAUCGUACUCGACGUUCGACCGGCUCAUCCGGGCGUUGCGAGAGUCCGUCAGCAGCUACCACCAGGAGUACCCGACCAAGCUCCUGUUGUUUUCGGCGUGGGGCUGUUUCUUCCACAUGACGUCGAGCAUCGACACCUUUUGUCUCAUGAUGUCGGGCACCAUGGCGUUGAUCCAGAAGAGCCUCGACGAAUGCACGCAGUCGUCGGACUUGACGUGUGCGCUCCAGCAAGAAAUCGUCAUGCUCCACCACUUUGCCGUGACGGCGCUGUACCCGGACUACACGUUCCAGAUGGUGGAGAGCUUGAUUGCCAGCUUCCAGGUGUACAAGCGGCUUGUCAACCAGCUCAUCAACAUGUACGAGACGGGCCACAACUUCGAGCCCGACUUGGUGCAGGUGUUGAAGGACCCGUUGUUCCGGCACGAUUUCCACGAGAGCGACAAGUUCUUGACCCGCCUCUUGCACCACUACUACCCUUUGUUCCGCAAGAUCGACUCGUACUACAAGCGGUCGCUUGGCCGGCCCACAGGCGGCAACAUGCGCUUUCUCUCGCCGUCCUUGACCCACGACUUGGCCAACGACUGGUUCCAGGUCUACCGCGGCGACAAGACAUGCCUCAACCGCACCGUCAACCCGUUGAAGAAGACGCUCUAUGUGUUUUUCAACGCGCUCGGCAAGUGCUUGGGCCACGUGUUCCCGUCGUUGAAGUACAUGUCGUUUGUGGACCCGUGCAACGUCACCUUCUGCAAAGCUGGCUUUGCAGUGUCGGAGUUUGACCCGUGGAACAGGCCACACUACCGGUCCAUUGCGCCCGUCUUCAUGGACCUCGUGAAAACAAUCAAGUUCUUCGAGUGCCGCCUGAAGCUUCUUGGUUUCUACGCCAACCGCGUGGUGGGAGACAAGCCGUUCAUCGGCCCGGUGUCGCUUGUGGCGCCCAAAGACUGGGAGCACCGCGACGUGGUGGAGCUGAUUGCCGAAAAGCUCAGUGUGGCGGAAACACAGUUGACGGACAUGAACAAUUGCGUGCUCCGGGCCGACAACUACCCGUUUUUCGACCACAUCUUGAAGGAACCGGUGUUUGCGCAGCUCAUCGAAGAGGAAACGGCCCGCCAAAACAGCGCCCUCCACCACGAGCCGUGGCAGUUCAAUCUCGGCUCGGGCAUGCUGAACCACGACUUCAACGCCUCCAAAGUCAUUGAUCGCUACAUUGAGUGGGAAAGCCAGGCCAGCUUGAGUCACAUGGUGCCGAUCGAGCUUUUGCGGGUUCGCAACGAGCACUUGAACCAGAGCAGAAAUGACAUCACCAAUGCGCUCAACGGCGCCAGGGCGUAA